CCUGAAGGAGGGGUCGUCCUGCGGGUAGCCAGAGGCUGGGGUGGUUUUGGAGCUUGGGGUGAGAGAGGGAGUGUUGGGGAGUGAAAGGUGAGUCGAGCUGAAGUGGGGGACGCGCUGUUCGGCGCCCCCAGUCUAUGGAGCGGGGUAAGAUGGCGGAGGCGGAGAGCUUGGAGACAGCAGCGGAGCACGAGCGGAUCCUGCGAGAGAUCGAGAGCACCGACACGGCCUGCAUCGGGCCCACGCUCAGGUCUGUCUAUGAUGGUGAGGAACAUGGACGAUUCAUGGAGAAGCUUGAAACUCGCAUCCGCAAUCAUGACCGGGAAAUUGAGAAAAUGUGCAACUUUCAUUACCAGGGCUUUGUGGACUCUAUAACUGAACUGCUGAAAGUAAGAGGAGAAGCCCAGAAACUCAAAAAUCAAGUGACGGAUACUAAUAGAAAACUACAACAUGAGGGAAAAGAACUGGUAAUAGCAAUGGAAGAGCUGAAGCAGUGUCGACUACAACAGAGAAAUAUUUCUGCCACUGUUGAUAAAUUAAUGCUGUGUCUUCCAGUCCUAGAGAUGUACAGCAAACUGAGGGACCAGAUGAAAACUAAAAGGCAUUAUCCUGCACUGAAAACUCUGGAACAUUUAGAGCAUACCUAUCUGCCUCAAGUAAGCCACUACCGGUUCUGCAAGGUGAUGGUGGACAACAUCCCCAAGCUUCGAGAGGAAAUAAAGGAUGUUUCUAUGUCUGAUCUCAAAGACUUUCUGGAGAGCAUUCGCAAACAUUCAGACAAAAUUGGAGAGACUGCCAUGAAGCAAGCCCAACAGCAAAGAAACCUGGAUAACAUCGUCUUGCAACAACCCAGAAUAGGUAGCAAGAGAAAAUCUAAGAAAGAUGCAUAUAUAAUCUUUGAUACAGAGAUAGAAAGUACUAGCCCCAAGUCUGAACAGGAUUCAGGAAUUCUGGAUGUUGAAGACGAGGAAGAUGAUGAAGAGGUACCUGGGGCCCAAGAUUUGGUGGAUUUCUCUCCUGUUUAUCGAUGUCUACACAUAUAUUCUGUGCUGGGUGCGCGGGAAACAUUUGAGAAUUAUUACCGAAAACAAAGGCGAAAACAGGCUCGUUUGGUACUCCAGCCUCCAUCUAACAUGCAUGAAACUUUAGAUGGCUACAGGAAGUAUUUUAAUCAAAUUGUAGGCUUUUUUGUGGUUGAAGAUCACAUUUUACAUACAACCCAGGGCUUAGUAAAUAGAGCCUACAUUGAUGAACUAUGGGAAAUGGCACUUUCAAAAACCAUCGCAGCACUCCGUACCCAUUCGUCUUACUGCUCUGAUCCAAACCUUGUGUUAGAUUUGAAGAACCUCAUUGUACUUUUUGCUGACACACUUCAGGUGUAUGGUUUUCCUGUAAAUCAGCUUUUUGACAUGCUAUUAGAAAUCAGAGACCAGUAUAGUGAAACUCUGCUAAAGAAGUGGGCAGGUAUUUUCAGAAGCAUACUUGAUUCUGACAACUACAGUCCCAUACCAGUAACAAGUGAAGAGAUGUAUAAAAAGGUGGUAGGACAAUUCCCAUUCCAAGAUACAGAGCUGGAAAAGCAACCAUUUCCCAAAAAGUUUCCUUUCUCUGAAUUUGUGCCAAAAGUUUACAACCAAAUUAAAGAAUUUAUCUACGCUUGUCUGAAGUUUUCAGAAGAUCUUCAUCUAAGCUCUACUGAAGUUGAUGACAUGAUUCGUAAAUCAACAAACCUAUUGUUAACCAGGACUCUGAGCAACUCUCUGCAGAAUGUCAUUAAAAGGAAGAAUAUUGGGCUUACUGAGCUGGUCCAGAUUAUUAUCAAUACGACGCACUUGGAGAAAUCCUGUAAGUACUUGGAGGAAUUCAUCACCAAUAUCACUAAUGUGCUUCCAGAGACAGUUCACACCACCAAGCUCUAUGGAACCACAACUUUUAAGGAUGCUAGACAUGCAGCUGAAGAAGAGAUUUAUACCAACUUAAACCAGAAGAUUGACCAGUUUCUACAGCUGGCAGAUUAUGACUGGAUGACAGGAGAUUUGGGACACAAAGCCAGUGAUUACCUAGUAGACCUCAUUGCCUUUCUGCGGAGCACCUUUGCUGUAUUCACACACCUUCCUGGAAAGGUGGCUCAGACAGCAUGUAUGUCCGCCUGCAAGCAUUUAGCCACAUCCUUGAUGCAACUUUUGCUGGAAGCUGAAGUAAGACAGCUCACCUUGGGAGCAUUACAGCAGUUCAACCUGGAUGUCAGAGAAUGUGAACAGUUUGCCAGAUCCGGCCCGGUGCCUGGGUUCCAGGAGGACACGCUGCAGUUGGCCUUCAUCGACUUGAGACAACUUUUGGAUCUUUUCAUCCAGUGGGAUUGGUCAACCUACCUUGCUGACUAUGGUCAGCCCAACUGCAAGUACCUCCGGGUAAACCCAAAGACAGCUCUGACUCUGCUCGAGAAGAUAUCUAGAGAGUAAGUAUGUUAUUCCCUUGGGCCUUUUCCAUCACUGUGAGGCAAGUCCUUCUGGUUUCUUCAUUGAUACUAAUGCCGACACUAAAAUCCCUAGCCUGUGAGUUGUCUCCACCGUGACAUACUAAUCUACUAAACCAGCCUGCUGCCAACUGGCUGGCUGCCUUCUCUAUCCUUGGUCCUUACAGUGACCCAUGGCUUACCAAUUCCUUUGGGGCUGGGAGUGGUGGCAGGGAUUUUUUUCCCCAUAGCACCAGGUAAAGGAUUGUUCCUGCUCAACUUCUGGCACACUCUUGGUAGUACAAGGCCUGAAAUUCAGCCCUGACAAAAGGGAGCUACUCAGCAGUCUCCCCUACUUCCCGGUGGUGAGGCCCGUGGCUUUAAGAUCUGGAACCCACAUCUCCCAUAAAGACUCUUUAUUAGAGGCAAGGCCUAAUCCCAGAGUUCUCAGUGCCCAGCUUAAAGGGGACAACAUUUUGACCUUUGAGUGGGUGCUUGAAUGAUCAUGUGUCCAUAUGAGCUGUGGGAUUCCCUUUAGUCAGUUACUUCUCCCAGCAGUCCUUUACUCCUCUGUUCCUGAGAAUCUCUAGAUCCAGGAAGUAAAGGUUCAUCCACUUCCUGGAGAUCAACAAUAGGUUUAAAUAAUCAGCUUCUCUCUACCAGUUUGGAGGCCUAACCAAUAAUAAAGCUAUGUGCAUAUCCGUAGCAAUCAGAAGAGUUUAAAAACCUCCUUCCAAGCACAGUAGGACAAAGGCCACCCGGAUCACUAAAAUGCACAUCUCCCGGCCUCAUAGGAAUCAAUCCCUUUACCUGUCCCAUUCCUGCUUUCCCCACAGCUAGUGGUACCAUCAGAGCUUAACAGUCUCUCCCUUUUGAACCUGGCCUUUCUUAGCAGGGUUAGACAUAGAAACCUGCUGAAAACAUUCAGGAAACAGAAGAGGCCCCUGUGUCAUUGAGGGGUGGCCAUAGCUGAAGUAGAACAGGAUCUUGGGCUUACAGAAUGGGAUGAGAGAUGGGAGGACUCUCUUGGCUUGGAGCACUCC